GCAGUCAUACACAAGCAACCUCGCUUAGCUCAGAAGGGCUCAACAGAGACAUCAAUUGCAGGAAAAUCACCUCUCUCUGCUGAUCAACCGAUCACUUCGCCCAACAUUGAGUCACUGGAAAAGGAUGUGACUCCAGAGACAAGAGCUUGUCAGGUAUUAUUACAUUGUGUAAUCAUUACACAUAUCGCAUAAAAUGACAGUCCUGUCUUAGUAAACAUCAUCUUUACUUUGUGAAUGCAACUCUUAAAAAUCACCCAUUUUACGUUAAAAACCACAAGGCAGCAAUGAGUCUGUACCAGAUCUUUCGUAAAAUAUGCAAAAUCCCUAAAAUCAAAUAUUAACAUGAUAUAAGGGUUGUUCAGGCAACCUGCAGAUACCUUUCAGGAAAAUAAGCACAUUUUUUUAAAUCUGCUUAAAAGAUUAGUAUUCAAAAUUUUGUAACGCACUGAAUAACAACAGGUUAAAACCAGUGUUUACCUUAAGUGAGUGAUGUCUUCUUGCUGCUAACCAAAGUCAAACAGGUUCCUCCUUGCCACUAAGCAUCCCGUGGCCUUCAACAAUGCACACUUUAGUUUUAAACCAGGAUACCAGAGAUCAUCAUGAUCAGGUAUAACCAUGUACUGUUGGAUGAUAAAUUGAAAUGGACAACUGGUGAUAAGAAACUAUGAGGGAGUUACUCUGUUAACAAGGGAUUUUGUAGUUAUAUGCAUGUGUCUCUGUUUAGCUCUAAUUCAUGAAUUUAUUACACACAAGAAAUGAUUUCUAAAUAAACCUACACAUUAAAAGAAUUUGGCCAGAAGGCAGUCAGAGUGUCCUAAAAAUUUUCACAUUUUCAACUUAUUGACAUGGCACCAUUUGGAAAAAUUCAUCAGUUAUAAUGAGAUACUGUUUGGUAAUCAAAUAGGUACAUGAUAGACCAUCAUUAAAUUCUUUUUUAAACAAGGACUGAAGUUUUGAGCUACAUAAUAGGGAGUCUUAUCGACGACAAUGGCGACGGCAACGAGAACGUCAAACAAGCAACAGGUUUAUUGAACAAAACAUUAAGUUUGCACCAUGCAUCAUGCGUUUUUGUACAUUUGUAGGACGUUACUUCAGGACUACGACGUGAAAAUGCCUACUUUCACGUGUUAUGGACAACGUAAACAAGCUACGACCAAAUUUUCUUUCUCUUUCUAAACUUGAGUACAGUCCUCAAGAAAUCAACUCUAGGGAAAUUUUCAGAGAAAUGGAAUACACGCGACAAAGUCUGAAAAAAGCUAAUUCAUUUAUAAAAUGGCAUUUUCGCUGCUGUUGAUGCUAAAUCUCCCUAAUGUACCGUAUUGGUCUUGUUUUCUUAUAGGCAGUCAUACACAAGCAACCUUGCUUAGCUCAGAAGGGCUCAACAGAGAAAUCAAUUGCAGGAAAAUCACCUCUCUCUGCUGAUCAACCGAUCACUUCGCCCAACAUUGAGUCACUGGAAAAGGAUGUGACUCCAGAGACAAGAGCUUGUCAGGUAUUAUUACAUUGUGUAAUCAUUACACAUAUCGAACUAUGAGGGAGUUACUCUGUUAACAAGGGAUUUUGUAGUUAUAUGCAUGUGUCUCUGUUUAGCUCAAAUUCAUGAAUUUAUUACACACAAGAAAUGAUUUCUAAAUAAACCUACACAUUAAAAGAAUUUGGCCAGAAGGCAGUCAGAGUGUCCUAAAAAUUUUCACAUUUUCAACUUAUUGACAUAGCACCAUUUGGAAAAAUUCAUCAGUUAUAAUGAGAUACUGUUUGGUAAUCAAAUAGGUAUAUGAUAGACCAUCAUUAAAUUCUUUUUUAAACAAGGACUGAAGUUUUGAACUACAUAAUAGGGAGUCUUAUCGACGACAAUGGCGACGGCAACGAGAACGUCAAACAAGCAACAGGUUUAUUGAACAAAACAUUAAGUUUGCACCAUGCAUCAUGCGUUUUUGUACAUUUGUAGGACGUUACUUCAGGACUACGACGUGAAAAUGGCUACUUUCAUGUGUUAUGGACAACGUAAACAAGCUACGACCAAAUUUUCUUUCUCUUUCUAAACUUGAGUACAGUCCUCAAGAAAUCAACUCUAGGGAAAUUUUCAGAGAAAUGGAAUAGACGCGACAAAGUCUGAAAAAAGCUAAUUCAUUUUUAAAAUGGCAUUUUCGCUGCUGUUGAUGCUAAAUCUCCCUAAUGUACCGUAUUGGUCUUGUUUUCUUAUAGGCAGUCAUACACAAGCAACCUUGCUUAGCUCAGAAGGGCUCAACAGAGACAUCAAUUGCAGGAAAAUCACCUCUCUCUGCUGAUAAACCGAUCACUUCGCCCAACAUUGAGUCACUGGAAAAGGAUGUGACUCCAGAGACAAGAGCUUGUCAGGUAUUAUUACAUUGUGUAAUCAUUACACAUAUCGCAUAAAAUGACAGUCCUGUCUUAGUAAACAUCAUCUUUACUUUGUGAAUGCAACUCUUAAAAAUCACCGAUUUUACGUUAAAAACCACAAGGCAGCAAUGAGUCUGUACCAGAUCUUUCGUAAAAUAUGCAAAAUCCCAAAAAUCAAAGAUUAACAUGAUAUAAGGUUGUUCAGGCAACCUGCAGAUACCUUUCAGGGAAACGGGCACAUCUUUUUUUAAAUCUGCUUAAAAUAUUAGUAUUCAAAAUUUUGUACCGCACUGAAUAACAACAGAGUAAAACCAGUGUUUACCUUAAGUGAGUGAUGUCUUCUUGCUGCUAACCAAAGUCAAAAAGGGGUUCCUCCUUGCCACUGAGCCUCUUGUGGCCUUCAACAAUGCACACUUUAGUUUUAAACCAGGAUACCAGAGAUCAUCAUGAUCAGGUAUAACCAUGUACUGUUGGAUGAUAAAUUGAAAUGGACAACUGGUGAUACGAAACUAUGAGGGAGUUACUCUGUUAACAAGGGAUUUUGUAGUUAUAUGCAUGUGUCUCUGUUUAGCUCUAAUUCAUGAAUUUAUUACACACAAGAAAUGAUUUCUAAAUAAACCUACACAUUAAAAGAAUUUGGCCAGAAGGCAGUCAGAGUGUCCUAAAAAUUUUCACAUUUUCAAGUUAUUGACAUGGCACCAUUAGGAAAAAUUCAUCAGUUAUAAUGAGAUACUGUUUGGUAAUCAAAUAGGUAUAUGAUAGACCAUCAUUAAAUUCUUUUUUAAACAAGGACUGAAGUUUUGAACUACAUAAUAGGGAGUCUUAUCGACGACAAUGGCGACGGCAACGAGAACGUCAAACAAGCAACAGGUUUAUUGAACAAAACAUUAAGUUUGCACCAUGCAUCAUGCGUUUUUGUACAUUUGUAGGACGUUACUUCAGGACUACGACGUGAAAAUGGCUACUUUCACAUGUUAUGGACAACGUAAACAAGCUACGACCAAAUUUUCUUUCUCUUUCUAAACUUGAGUACAGUCCUCAAGAAAUCAACUCUAGGGAAAUUUUCAGAGAAAUGGAAUAGACGCGACAAAGUCUGAAAAAAGCUAAUUCAUUUUUAAAAUGGCAUUUUCGCUGCUGUUGAUGCUAAAUCUCCCUAAUGUACCGUAUUGGUCUUGUUUUCUUAUAGGCAGUCAUACACAAGCAACCUUGCUUAGCUCAGAAGGGCUCAACAGAGACAUCAAUUGCAGGAAAAUCACCUCUCUCUGCUGAUCAACCGAUCACUUCGCCCAACAUUGAGUCACUGGAAAAGGAUGUGACUCCAGAGACAAGAGCUUGUCAGGUAUUAUUACAUUGUGUAAUCAUUACACAUAUCGAACUAUGAGGGAGUUACUCUGUUAACAAGGGAUUUUGUAGUUAUAUGCAUGUGUCUCUGUUUAGCUCAAAUUCAUGAAUUUAUUACACACAAGAAAUGAUUUCUAAAUAAACCUACACAUUAAAAGAAUUUGGCCAGAAGGCAGUCAGAGUGUCCUAAAAAUUUUCACAUUUUCAACUUAUUGACAUGGCACCAUUUGGAAAAAUUCAUCAGUUAUAAUGAGAUACUGUUUGGUAAUCAAAUAGGUAUAUGAUAGACCAUCAUUAAAUUCUUUUUUAAACAAGGACUGAAGUUUUGAACUACAUAAUAGGGAGUUUUAUCGACGACAAUGGCGACAGCUACGAGAACGUCAAACAAGCAACAGGUUUAUUGAACAAAACAUUAAGUUUGAACCAUGCAUCAUGCGUUUUUGUACAUUUGCAGGACGUUACUUCAGGACUACGACGUGAAAAUGCCUACUUUCACGUUUUAUGGACAACGUAAACAAGCAACGACCAAAUUUUCUUUCUCUUUCUAAACUUGAGUACAGUCCUCAAGAAAUCAACUCUAGGGAAAUUUUCAGAGAAAUGGAAUACACGCGACAAAGUCUGAAAAAAGCUAAUUCAUUUUUAAAAUGGCUUUUUCGCUGCUGUUGAUGCUAAAUCUCCCUAAUGUACCGUAUUGGUCUUGUUUUGUUAUAGGCAGUGAUAUACAAACAACCUAGCUUAGCUCAGAAAGGCUCAACAGAGACAUCAAUUGCCAGAAAAUCACCUCUCUCUGCUGAUAAACCGAUCACUUCACCCAACAUUGAGUCAAUGGAAAAGGAUGUGACUCUAGAGACGAGAGCUUGUCAGGUAUUAUUACAUUGUGUAAUCAUUACACAUAUCGCAUCAAAUGACAGUCCUGUCUUAGUAAACAUCAUCUUUACUUUGUGAAUGCAACUCUUAAAAAUCACCCAUUUUAAGUUAUAUGCUACAAAGCAGCAAUGAAACUGUACCAGAUCUUUCGUAAAAUAAUUAUGCAAAAUCCCUAAAAUCAAAUAUUAACAUGAUAUAAGGUUGUUCAGGCAACCUGCAGAUACCUUUCGGGGAAACGGGCACAUCUUUUGUUAAAUCUGCUUGAAAAAGUAGUAUUCAAAAUUUUGUACCGCACUGAAUAACAACAGAGUAAAACCAGUGUUUACCUUAAGUGAAUGAUGUCUUCUUGCUGCUAACCAAAGUCAAACAGGUUUCUCCUUGCCACUGAGCCUCUUGUGGCCUUCAACAAUGCUCACUUUAGUUUUAAACCAGGAUACCAGAGAUCAUCAUGAUCAGGUAUAACCACGUACUGUUGGAUGAUAAAUUGAAAUGGACAACUGGUGAUACGAAACUAUGAGGGAGUUACUCUGUUAACAAGGGAUUUUGUAGUUACAUGCGCAUGUCUCUGUUCAGCUCUAACUGAAUUUAUUACACACUAGAAAUGAUUUCCAAAUAAACCUACACAUUACAAGAAUUUGGUCAGAAGGCAAUCAAAGUGAUCUAAACCUUUCACAUUUUCAAGUCAUUGACAUGCCACUAUUUGCAAAAAUUCAUGAGUUAUAAUAAGAUAAUGAUUGUUAAUUAUAUAGGUAUAUGAUAGACCAUCAUUUUUAAACGGCGACAGAAACUGAAGUUCUGAACAAUGGCAAGGGAAAUGAGAAUGUCAAAACAAGCAACAGGUUUAUUGAGCAAAACAUUUAGUUUUCACCGUGCAUCACGCUUUUUGGUACAUUUCUUGGCUGUUACUACACCACUACGACGUAAAAAUGCCUACUUUCACGUUUUAAAUUCUAGAAUGUUAUAAUUUCUAGUUUUUGUAGUUUUAAAAUCAUACUUGUAAGUCGAAGAUACUAGCUUAUCUUUAGCUACUUUAAAACGAGGUUAAAUAAAGUAUAUGUAUGUAUGUAUGUAUGUAUGUAUGUAUGUAAAGAAGCGACGACCAAAUUUUCUCUCUCUUUCUAAAUUUGAGUACAGUCCCCCAGAAAUUAUCUCCAGGGAAAUUUGCCUACAUUAGACAUUUUCAGGGAACUGGAAUACGUGCGACAAAGUCUGAAAAAAGCUGAUUUAUUUUUACAAUGGCGUUUUUGCUGCCGUUGAUCCUAAAUCUCCCUAAUGUACUGUAUUGAUCUUGUUUUCUUAUAGGCAGUCAUACACAAGCAACCUCACUUAGCUCAGAAGGUCUCAACAGAGACAUCAACUGUCAGAAAAUCACCUCUCUCUGCUGAUAAACCGAUCACUUCGUCCAACAUUGAGUCAAUGGAAAAGGAUGUGACUCUAGAAACAAGAGCUUGUCAGGUAUUAUUGCAGUGUGUAAUCAUCAAAUUAAUGACAGUAUCGUGUUAGUGUAAAUGUGGCCAUGCACUUGUCUCCAUUUAGCUUUAACUGAAUGAACCUUGUUUAAAGGACAGUAUUUAACAUCUGGCCCCGGUUGUUCAAACGUUGGAUAGCGCUAUCCACCGGAUAAAUCACUAUCCAGCGGAUAGCGUAAUUGAUUUCCGUAAUACUUAUCCGCUGGAUAGUGAUUUAUCCGGUGGAUAGCGCUAUCUAACGUUUGAACAACCGGGGCCUGAUUUUAAGUCAGUGUUCAGACAGAAGAGUGCCCAAAUAAUUAUGCUGAAGAAAUUCAAUCUUUCAUACAUUCAUACCUUAAAGUGCCUGUGUCCAGUUCCACAUUUCUUGGCCCACAAGUGACAUUGCCAACACAAGCAGCUGUUCACGUAUCUUGUAUUUAAUACCAUUUCUUAAUGAGCAUGGUUGAGUGAAACAGGGUGAAGAAAAUGCAGAACAAAGAAAAAAAAGAAUUGAAGUUGAAAAUCUCAGUGCAGUUCCUGCAGAAUUGGGAUUAAAUUUAUGACUUGAUAAAUUUUCUCAUGAGGUAUUGAGUUACCCAUUCCCCACUGAGUUUUCAUUGAAUGUAAAUUUAAUUUAGUCUGGAAUGCAGUGUAUGGUUAUAGAAAGAUCAUGAUAGAAACUUUUAUCAGUGCUUGUCAUAGUGUUCUAAUCAAGAACACCAAAAAUGGAUAAAGCACUGUCGAAUAUAUCUAAAAUGACAUGGUUAUUCUUAUCUGUAUAGCUCCUGACCUUGGCCGAGAGGUUCAAGGGACUUGACUGAAAGUCAUAAACAUGCUACUAGCUUACAUAAUAAACUGUGGGAUAAUGAUCAUUCUUUUUAUAGAAUCAAGGCACAUUUGGUAAGGAGGGGAAUCAACAAAGAAACAGUAGGAUUGUGGAAAAAGGUAUGGUGAUAAUUGCAUGGCUCUGCUUAUUAUUAAUAAGUAAUUUACUGCAAUUACUUCUGAUAAAAAAAAGACUUCUAUUCAAAUAAAAAUGGUAACUAAGACAAUUAAUUUUUGUUCAAGAAAUGAUUUCCUCCUAACAGCAUUCUUUACCAGACCCAUCACAAGCCAGUUAUGAAAUUGCUACAAGUCGGGCAAUUUUUUUGCAACAAAAAUAAUGUCUUUUUACAGGGUUCGUAACAUUUUGUGAACAAAAAAUUCAAGUACUUUUCAAGGACUUUCAAGGACACAUUUCCCAUUUUUCAAGGACUCCAUUCAGUGCAAAAAAAGGGCCUUGAGUCUACGUCUUUUUUAGUUCUUCCACAACAUGAGUAAUUUUAUCCCCAAGGUCUUCGUGUGUUUGCUCCUUUCUCUUUGGAGUUCUACUUAAACUAUUGAAAUUCAAGGUCUUUCCAGAACUGACUGCCAUUUUCAAGGAAAUAAAAAUUCAAGGAAUUUUCAAGGACUUUUAAGGUGCAUGCGAACCCUGUUUUUAUUGAGAGCGUCAAUUCUUCAAACAAGUAACUUAUUAACAAUACAUUUGGCUUCAUCAAAGGGUAAAAUAGCCUUCCUGUAUACACCUAUUUAAGAAAAGGUUGUCAGGGAGAAUGGUGAAUAGCAAUUUUCAAAUGGAGAUUGUGCGACCGAAAGGAGCUGUGGGUUUUCAGUAUUGAUGGUCAAUAAUCAACUAUCUAAGCUAAUCAAUGAUGCCAGCUCCAUUUAGUAAAGACCUUCGAUGGUAGGUUAUAUGGUUUGUCCAUGUUCUUCAGCAAUCAGUUGCAGAGGCUUCAUUUUUCUUCUUCUACAUUUAUUGCGACUGGCGAUGUAACGUCGGAGACAAUAUACCAUUCAUAUGAGGAAACAAGGAAUGUCUUUCAGUAAAACCAAAGCAUGAGUUUCUUUUGCCUUUUGGAGUCAAGAACACUCAGACAAACGUUAAUAGUUGGUGUUUUCAUUUUCGUGCAAGAUGAACGCAACUAAUGAAAUUUUGCAUAUCAAUUACAUAACCACAGUUCCUUUUGGUCGUGCAACCUCCAUUCGCCAUUUUUCUCAGACAACCUUUUUUAAAAUAGCUGUAUAACUAACUAGUUCACAUUAAAGUGCAUGUGAUUGAUUCAAGUUUUACUGAAAACAUUGUUUUUCAUUUUAUUAAGUCAGUAUCAGAAGUAAUUUACAAUUUUGUUUUGUAAUACCCUGACGGCAAUUUUAGCAUUUUUUCAUAUGAAUAUUGUCCCUUAUUGCUGCCCAUAUACUUUAUGUGUUUUAGUUUUUGGGACACGAUGGAGACGAUUUACAGUUACAGAGCACAUGGUAGGUUUGAUUUGCAUAAAAGAAAUAACUGCUAAAAAUUCUUAUGUGCACUUUUUCACAAGUAAAGACUAGAGAAACAUAAAAUCUUGUUCUCACUUGGUCUGUGAUUGUAAACUAUUGCAUUCUUCUAAAAACAUGCAGCAGUAUUUGGGCCGGGGGGCACUGCAUAUGAAAGGAGUGCAGUUGCUUGUUGGCAAUUUUCAAUUAAACCCCUAAAGGAGACCGAUCUGGGCGUGGCCCAAGCUUUUUUGGACCCCUAAAAGAGACCAUGUUAAAACACAGAUAAUAUAUAUACUUUUAUAGUUUUUCAAGUGCAACCCUAUAAAUGAGACCUUCAUGGCUAAAUAUGAUGGCGUUUUGCCCAGAACACCCUAUGUGAGGCCAAAAUCUGAAAUUUACACCCCUAAGCAAGACAAAGAGCAUCCGCACCACUUUCAUAUGAGGAGUCCCUCCCCCGGGUUAUUUGGGGACUUGAGAUUUUCUUGCUGGGCCCAGGAAAGUCUUUCUCUAACAAAAUCAUUAACUAAGACAAGCAAGAAGUGGCCCUGGGCAGGCAAAAAAAUUAAUAAUGUAAGAGCUGCUUGCCCAAAGGACAAGCUUGAAUUCAAGUUUUUUUUCUAGCCCUGAGGCAGCAAUGAAAUUUAAAUGCCUGUUAUAAAGGAGAAAAAACGCCACGUUUAUUUUCUUUUAGCAGGUUAAUAUUGCGUUAACAUCUUCCUGACCUUUUGUCAGAUAAACUAUAGCUAUAAGAAUGUAACAAUAUUACUACAUCUAUCAACCAGAGCCCAGUUGUUCAAAGGCCGAUGAGCACUUAGAUAAUUUUCUCUGUUAUUUUUGGAGCUUCCAAACAUUAACUUGUAGACAAAAAGAAUUAAAACUGAAAUGCUUUUUAAGCUUUCAUGUGUGAAUUCAAAUCUCACACUAACCCUGGGUUAUCAACUCGGCCCAGGGCUUGCUGUCAAAAUUGCAGACAAAUCUACAUCAUCAGUAAGAAAUUUGGGGGCUGAAUUACAGACGCCUCUCUCAUGAGGAGUUACGAGACAGCUGUACUCACAGGCUCAGUGCUGAGCACAAAUGGGGGACGUAAAUUUAACGAACUGUAGUGUAAUAUCACACUAUGGAUCAUGACCAUUGCAUUUCUGAAAUUUUCUGAGAGAGCGAAUGUCCAUCGAUCAGUAUGGUUGCCUAGCAGGGCUGUACACAUUUUUCCGGCCCUAUCACUUGAUGCAUACAGCCCUCAUAUAGGAAUUUUGUCAUAUUGUUUUCCAACAAAAUUGUGCGCAGGACCAUACAAAUUCAAAACUCUUUUCUACAACUCUUAAAUUCCAAAAAAAAAAGGUUUAAUAAUUGUCAGUGAGGUUAUCCUUUCUGCAGACUAUGUAAUACAGUGAAACUUUGAACAAUGAAAGCCAAAGGACUGGUAAACUUUGUUCACUAUAAUAAAGAGGUUUUGUUAUAUUGACGUUCUUUCCCUUAUAUUGUUCUUUUUCUUGCAUUGCACUAUUUCUGGGGAGAAAAAUAUAAUUUGUUCAUUUUACACUGAGUACUUUGUUACAUAGAGGUUCCACUUUACAGUCAUGCACAUGCUGGAAACUUGGACACACACACACAAAAUGCUGUUUUGAAAUUAUAACAGUACUCAACAACAGUACUAGUAAAGAAAGGACAAGACACUGCUGAUCAAAAAUUUGACAAAACAAAUUAAUUUGAUGAUGAGUGUCAGCACAGUUUUUCUUACAGUGGCUUAAAUUAUGCAUGUAUUGCUCUUUACACUGGUAAGUUUGGGUAAGCUAAGCACCAAGAAGAAGCCAAAAUUUCUCCUGGCUAGCACUGUCUUUGACUUUCAGCAAAUUUGCCAUUACUUUUUAUCUUUAACCCUCCAGGAGCAUCUAGACAAAACAGGUCAUAGAAACUUCCCAGAGGAUGAUGAACCAGACAAUGAAAAGGGUAAAGAAGUUGUUAAUGCAUCCUGA